AUGAUGGAUAUCACUUCAAACGAGCUUCUUAGUAUAAAAGGGACUUCUUCUGACGCUCGUACAGCAGUGUUUUAUGCUUCUGCUGAAAAUGUUCACUCCCCUGGUUUGAGCUGUGCUGUGAGUGUCGGUGAUAAGAGAAAGAGGAACGAAUAUGCUGUACACAACGGUAGAGAAGGGUCCAAUGAUAGUGGAGAUGCAGAGAGGAGAAACGAGUCGGUACAACCAAAGAUUUCCGAAUCUUCUGGUGUGAAGUUUAACAACUUUGAAAAGUUGUGGGAUGAAGUUAAGUUUACAGUUUGCCAGAUCUGGGCUCUCUAUGAUACCACAGAUGGGGUUCCUAGGCAGUAUGCUCUGGUCAGAAAAGUCUCAGCUCCUUCUUUCGGGAUAAGGAUCACAUAUCUAGAGCCUGAUCCUGAUGACGAGAAAGAGAUCCAAUGGUUUGAGCAAGACUUGCCUGUUUCUGCUGGUAAGUUUAGACUUGGGAAAAGUCUGAACACAGAAGAUCGUUCCAUGUUCUCACAUGUUAUGGAUUGGGAUCAAGGAAGCAGCACUGGUCAUCUCAUUGUUUCACCAAGAGAAGGCGAGACUUGGGCUAUAUUCAAGAACUGGGAUAUGAACUGGUCAUCAGAGCCAGAUGCCCACCGGAAUUAUGAGUAUGAUAUUGUUGAGAUUUUGUCUGGUAACACUGAUGGAGCUGGUGUAUCUGUUGCAAUCCUGCACAAAGCUAAAGGCUUUGCAAGCGUCUUCUUUCGGAUGGGAACUGGUGAUGCAGACACACUUCAGAUUCCGUCUCACAGUUUGUAUCGGUUCUCCCACAGGGUUCCUUCCAUCAGACUGACUGGAACUGAAGGAAAAGGUGUGCCUAAAGAUGCUUACGAGCUAGACCAAGCUGCACUACCUGGAACAGCCGAAGAGAAAACCGUGCCUCCUCAUCUAUUUGCAGAGCCUAAACAAGAAGCUCUCUGCUUUCCUUGUGAGGGAAGAGUUUUCCAAACGGGGCAGAUCUGUUCGUUUAGCGCAUAUUCCGAUAACAUCCCUUACUACUACAGAAUUGACAAGAUCACUCUUGUUCAGGCAUUUGAGGAGAAACCAGAAUUAAGAUUUAACGUAAGUCGGUUAAAGGCUAAGCCUUUUGCUGAGGGAGUCAUCCAGUGGAAGGACAAGCAUAUGCAUGUUGGUUGUGGAACUUUCUUGGUGACUAAAGAUAAAGGCCGUUCGGUGUUCACUCAAGAUGAUGUUAUAAAUCAGAUAGUGCCUCAAACCUCCGUGGACGGAGAUGAAUACACCAUUCUGCCCAAGAUUGGGGAAUUGUGGGUGACUUACAGAUCUUGGACUCCUUACUUGGAUGGAGAAGACUUGGAAGAGAACCGCGUGGACUUUGACAUUGUGGAAGUUCUUGAUGACGCCUUGGACUACUAUAAGGUUUUAGCGUUGAAGCACGCGGUUCUUUAUAAUGAAGAUGGAAAGGAAAAGGCGUUUUUUAGUGCAGCUGAGUGUAGGGCCUAUGAUUAUUGUAUCAGUGAGGAUGGGUCGGAAGUGAUAUUUACGAUUCCAAAGUCGAAAAUGCUCAGAUUCUCUCAUCAGAUUCAUGCUUCCCGAGUAACUAAGGAGGUAGAGGGAGAGAUGAAAGAGCUUUUCGAAGUUGAUCUUGGUGCAUUACCUUAUUUGAGCGAGUAA